GUUCUCAUCUCAGUAGACCGUGAACCAUUGGUGAGGGAGGACGUGGCUCAUGGGCCACUUGUCAGUGCCGCGCACGUGGCGAUUGUCGGCAUGCAUCGGCUGAUCGAGUGCUUCAGUUUCCUGUAUGCAUCCGAAAAGCGAGAAUGCAUCGUGAUUUAAAAUCGUAAUAACUGCAGAAUAGUUAUCGAGCUGCCACGUUUAUGAAUACAAUGGAGCGAACGGAUUGUUGGUAAUUAAUAAGUUGAUCCGAUUCAUUGAUUAAGCAGUUAGCGAGUCAUAAAUGAUAUCUCGUGUUAAGAUUAUCGAAGGCACCGUACGCAUGCGGUCAAAAUGGAUUUCUGCAAACAAUACAAAUUUCUGCGUUUACUGCCGAGACCCGCGAGACGGGUCAUUUGGUCCUGGCGAGCCGAGAAUGGCACAGUGUUACGGAUGUCGGAAAAUGAUAAUCAAUCAACAGCCGAGUGCCUCAUCGAAUUGAUGAACAUCUUUGUUCCUAUUUUCACAACGCUCAUAGCCGCGCUUUUAGUUUUCAAGUACCGAUGCGGCACGGGCAAAAAGUCAUCUAAGUCGCUCUUGCCACUUCACACGAGUAGGACUUUACUUUGUAUGUUACUACUAUCGACUCUUUCAUUGGAACUAUGCGAAUCUAUACUGACGUCGGUUUCACUCUCGUCGAUCUUGACAGUGAUUGCUGUGCUAUCCUGUUGGGUGUUACAUCGCGAAACCGAGAUGAGAGACGGUUUCGGUACCGCCGUGUCGGGCGGUGGAUUUACGAUAAUUGGCCUCUCACGAACAUGGAAGCUUUUGUACUUAUGCAGGUUCGGUCUGUCCAUUCAGCACGUACGUGUCACGACAACGGCGAUCGCCGCCACUUGUUGCGGAUUGCUGGCUGUUAUCGAUUCUUAUACCCUUUAUCGUAUGAUGCAGAGGAGCAGGCAGUACGCCAUCGGAAGGCCCGAUAACGCGCGGAGCGCGUACGUGCACGCCGCUUCGCCGUUCCUCAGCAGAAUCACCUUCCACUGGGUGACUGACCUGCUGUCGCGCGGCUACCACGCGCCGCUCGAACUCCACGACCUUGGACAACUUCCGGACGAGGAGGCCACGAGGAACCAGUUCGAGCGUUUCCGCGACAUUUAUGAAAGCGAAAGGCUGCGAAGCCACGACCGGAAAUUAUCCUUAUGGAAGUGCUUCUGGAAGCGGAUAUGGCUGGCCUUCGCGGCAGGUGGUAUCUUGAAGCUCUUCGGCGAUGCUACAACUUUAGUGGGUCCCAUGGCGAUUUCCAAAAUCAUCGAUUAUGCAUCGGAUCUGCAGAACGAUACGAUAUCGAGCGGAUAUUUCUCUCCGAAGGGAGCCAUGACAUUUUCUCAAAUUCUGAAAAAUGGAUAUUUCCUGGGUCUCGUAGUUUUUUUCGCGAGCAUCUUGCAGAGCACGAUGAGCCAGGCGUCCACUCAUGUACUCUGCGUCGCAGGAAUACGUUUGCGAACGGCUCUUCAGGCACUAAUUUACGACAAAGCUCUUCGGCUGUCUUCUUGGAGCAUCUCCGAGGAAGAGAAGCCAUCCGACAAAGAGAAAGAUCAACAUUGCCAUCAGCAAGCAGCUGAUAUCGGAACUCUGACGAAUCUCAUGGCCGAAGACGCGUAUAAUGUGAUGAGCUUCUUCUGGAUCGGUCAUUAUAUUUGGGCCAUUCCGUUGAAAAUUGCCGCUAUCAUCUUCCUACUGUACUUGAAAUUGGGCGUCAGUGCAAUUAUGGGAGCAAUUUGCUGCAUAUUGAUCGUCACGCCGAUGCAGCUCGUCCUCGGAAAACGAAUGUCCGAAAAUUCCAAAUACAUAGCGGAGAAAAGCGAUGCGCGCCUGCGUCUGGUUAAUGAAAUUCUUCAAGGAAUGCGUCUCAUUAAGCUGCGUGCCUGGGAGAACGUCUUUGAGGAUCGCGUACGCAACACCCGAGAUCAGGAAUUAAAAUUGCUGAACAAGGAUUCUGCAUAUUGGACUCUCAUAAACUUCCUCACGCACGCCUCCUGCGUGCUGAUGACUCUCUUCACAUUCGGAAUUUAUUUCUGGCUGGAGGAACGAAAUCUCGACGCGGGGAAGGUUUUUGCCAGUCUCGCGCUCUUUUCGCAGCUGACGGUGCCGCUUUUCAUCUUUCCGGUGAUAGUGCCGAUUAUUAUCAACGCCAUGAUUUCUACCACGAGACUGGAGGAGUUUUUGCAACUCCCAGAAAUCGUGAACAUCCUUCCCGAAUCGCACGAUCGCAAAUCGGCCGCCGAUACAUUAUCAAAGACAAAUUCGUACAGCGACAAUGACGUAGAACCAAUUAACGGCGUUACAAUUUUUGGUUCGUUGGACAACAUUGUGGAGGACGAAGAGGAUCCGCAAUCGGAUAUUUUGCGUGAAUUCAAUUUGGCGAUUGACUCGUCGGUUGACACGGUGUUCGAGAAAGAUCCGGAAAUUCCGGAAUCUGUUCUUCAAAUCACAUCAAGUAUCUUUGCUUGGGGAUCCGACGAAAAUACGUUGAUGAUCGACGCUCUUGAUUUCCCGCGAGGACAACUGACAUUAAUAGUGGGGAAAACCGGAAGUGGGAAGACCUCGCUAUUACUGGCACUCUUGGGAGAAAUUCAGAGAAUAAGCGGAAGCGUCGAAUGGACCAAGGGGCUGAAGAUCGCAUACGUGGCGCAACGGCCGUGGCUCCAGAACGCGACUCUGCGAGACAAUAUUCUCUUCGGCGCGGCAUAUCGAUCACGAAGGUAUCGCAACGUGCUGCGUGCAUGCGCUCUGCAGCAGGACGUGGAGAUGCUUCCCGGUCGGGAUCUGAUCAGGAUCGGCGAGCGGGGUAUCAAUUUAAGUGGCGGGCAAAAGCAACGAGUUACCAUAGCCCGAGCCCUUUACAGUGACGCCGACGUCGUUAUUUUGGAUGAUCCACUGUCAGCGUUAGAUCACCAUGUGGGUCGACAGAUUUUCGAUCAUGGCGUGAGGAAGCUUCUAUUGCGAAGUGGACGAACAGUGAUUAUGGUCACUCACAGACUGGAAUUGUUAUCGGCUGCUCAUCAGGUGAUUGUUAUGGAGGACUGUCGAGUGCGCGCCGUCGGAACAAAAUCCAGCAUUGAGGAUAUGGAUCCUGAAUUAGCAGAGGAGUGGCGAAUCGCGAAUUCAAGACGAGAGAACGAAAAUCACUCUCAACGAACCGCCAAAGAUAGAUGGUCCUUGAUCAGAUUAGUCUCUAAAAUUGGAAUCAAUGUAAAAAACAGACACGCUAGCGACGGCUCGUGGAUCUUCGAUCGCGAUUCUCAUGUGAGUCCGCCAGUAUUUGUACCCUUAAGAUUGCACCGAACGACUUUAUCUGGAUCAAGAUAUUUGAGUCACGAUCUCACGGACCUUCCGGUGCCGACAGAAGAAUGGAGCAUUGAUAGGAAACGAUCGAAAACGUAUCGCGAAACUAUCAGAUCAGCAAGCCUUCAACCACAAAAGCGACCGCCGUUGGUUCUUCGACAGAAUAGUACGCCAAUUAUUUUCGAGAAUCAACAUGUGUUACCAAGAAAAAGAAACAACACUUACAACAACGGACAGCCCAACAAUAUAUUGAAACAAUUCUUCUCCACAAGGUAUCCGGAAGAAACGGCGAUAAACAGAGAAACAAGUGUUCUACGUCGGCUGAUGUCCGGUUCUAGCAAGAUAAGCCAGCACCAAGAGAGCGAUCAUUUCGGUGAAUUAUUAUCAAUAGAUUCGCGAAUCACCGACGAUAUGGAUGAUGUGGAAGAGAGUUAUAAUUAUUCUCUGGACGACACGGAUGAACAAAGUGAAUUCGAGGCCGACGAUAAAAGCGGGAUAGUCACCAGAAUGAUUUGGAUGGAGUAUCCAAAAGCUGGUGGAUGGAUACCAGGACUAGUUUACGUCAUAGCGGCACUGGCCUAUCAAAUCCUUCGCGUGUAUACCGAUCUCUGGUUGAGUCGUUGGACUGAUCAAAGCGUUCAUUCGUCAAUGGACGAACGCCAAGACACGGUGUCGUACUUCAAGGUGUACAUCAUCAUAUCCGUAGGUUCUAUCUUUCUAUCAUUCCUGUACAAUGUAGCAGGCCAGUGGGCAGGUGCCAGAGCGCGGCGGAAAUUACACCGGGAAGCCGUCUCCGGACUUCUUCGCGCGCCCAUCUCAUUCUUCGAUUGCAAUCCCAUCGGGAAAAUUCUGAACAGGUUCAGUGCCGAUAUGGGUGUCAUAGAUAAGAAAAUAUCUACGUCGAUCAAAAGACUGACGUCUUUUGUGCUACUUUGUGGCUCGGCGAUGAUCGUCAAUGUUAUUAUUUCACCCUGGUUCUUGAUCGCCGCCGUGCCAACCAGCUGCGCUUAUUACGUGCUACAAAGAUUCUAUAGACGGAGUGCCAGACAAUUGCAACGGCUAGACGGCAGCACAAGAGGACCGGUAGCAGCGCAUUUCUUAGAAACUUUAUCGGGUCUUCCGACGCUGAGAGCAUUCAAGCAAGAAAAUCGUUUUAUGGAGGAAACAAUGAGGCGCCUUGACAUAAACACCAACGCGUUUCUCAUACUGAACACCAGCAGCAGAUGGCUCGGCAUCGCAUUGGAUUAUCUGGGCGCUGUUAUUGUGGUAACGGCUAUUUUUACGGCCUUACUCUCUGCGGAAUUGUACCCAAGCCGCGUCACACCCGCUCUAGUAGGCCUGGCGAUCAAUUACACUCUCUUAGUACCGAUAUACUUGAACUGGGUGGUCAAGUUUACCGCAGAAAUCGAAAUGUAUAUGGGAAGUGUAGCCCGAAUUUCUGCAUACAGAAACAUGCAACCGGAAAACUAUCACGAAAACGAUUUACAAGUGGCCGAUGACUGGCCCAAUAAGGGCGAAAUCGUUUUCGAGAACGUUUCUCUUCGCUACGAUGCAGAGAGAAAUCCAGUGAUCACAGAUCUCUCUUUAAAAAUAUCUCCCGGGCAAAAGCUGGGUAUUUGUGGAAGAACCGGUAGCGGCAAAUCGUCUACUGUGAUGGCUCUCUUCCAAUUGAUCGAGAUUAGUCAAGGACGUAUUUUGUUAGACGGAAUCGAUAUCCGGCAAGUGCCUCUUCGAAAAUUACGAUCGCGGUUAUCGGCCAUACCGCAAGAUGCAAUAAUGUUUAGCGGCACAAUUAGAGAAAAUUUGGAUCCACUUUCGCAACACGAAGACCAGGACAUCUGGCGAGCUUUGGAGCUUUCUCAAAUCAAGGACGUCGUAGCUUCGCAUCCCGAAGGAUUGAACCUUGAAGUACGAGAAGGUGGUGAAAACUUUUCAGCCGGUCAGCUGCAACUUCUUUGCAUGGCACGCGCGAUUCUUCAACGAUCGAAUAUCAUUGUGUUUGACGAAGCGACUAGCGCGCUUGACAUAGCAACUGAAAAAUCACUUCUAAAAGCAGCUGCCAUUGCCUUCGAGAAUAAAACUGUUAUCACUAUCGCGCAUCGAGCGGCGGCUUUGUUAGAUUGCGAUCGCAUCAUUGUUUUUGAUGAAGGCAAAAUCAGCGAGGAGGGCUCACCGGCAGAUUUAAUGCAACGACAGAAUGGAAUUUUUUCUGCAAUGGUCAAAGCGGUCGAUCAGAGCGUCAAAAGAAUUUGUUUUGGACAUGCGUUGGAAGAAGAUAAUAUGAAGUUCUCGUGCUUCCCGAGAGCCAUCCUCGGGCAGAGGGGUAGCAUCAAUCUCACCUCUCUGCCAAACCACGAGGAAUCUAGCAACAUUACCACUUCGAGCGAGAAUGGGAACGCGAGGCAGGGAAUUGCCAGGUACAAGCAAUACGGUGAACUAGAUUUGCCACAUGGCGUUAUACGUCCGUUUUCCGAUACUUUGCCCUCCGUAACUAUAAAUGGCGUCGGUCCGUCAUCGUACUCGCAGCGUACGUCGCCCGUAGAGCCCGUAACACCGCCAUCGCCGUCUGAGGCCAAUCAUGUCAAUCAUGUUUCCGUAAACAAAAACAAUCAAGAACAACCUAAAUUAGAAAAUACUGCUGCUGCGAACAGUGGCGAGCAACAUAUGAACAAUCCAAGAGGUGGUGUUAUCGGAAGAACGCCGACGCCACCUUCGGCACCGACGCCCAUGUACGAAAAGGAUGCCAGGAGUGCGAGGCAAAUUAAAAGGGCCAUUUUGGAAAACGAAUUUCUAGGUAAUCUUGAAGAGAAUCAAGUAGAGGCGCUCGUCUCCGCUAUGUAUCCGAAACAAAUUAUCGCUAAUACUUUGGUUAUCCGAGAAGGUGACAUGGGCUCGCACUUGUACGUAUCAGCGGAGGGAGAUUUUGAGAUUUAUGAGGGAAACAAAUUCCAAAGAAGCUUCGGACCAGGAAUCGCGUUUGGAGAAAUCGCUCUAUUAUACAACACGAAGAGACUUCGAUCCAUCAGCGUGAAAAACAGCGGAAAAGUAUGGGUGCUAGACAGAUCUGUAUUUCUCACUAUAAUGAUGAAAACGGCUCAAGAACAGCUGGAGGGCAACAUUCGCUUCCUCCAACGCGUUUCUGUUCUCCAGAAACUCCCCGAACCCAAGGAUCAUGUGCUCGCGAAAAUAUCCGACCUCAUAAGAAUAGAGUUCUUCCCGGCUGAGGCGAAAAUACUGCGGCAGGGCGAAAAGGGCGAGAAAUUUUACAUAAUAAGCGGCGGCAACGUGCGGAUUACCAAGGAUACCGAGUAUGGAGGCGAAGAGGAGCUAGUAGUCCUCGGCAAGGGAGAUUAUUUUGGCGAAUUGGCCCUCUACGACGACGGAGGAGAACGACGUGCCAAUGCAAUUGCGCUUGCGCCUGGCGUCGAAUGCUUGACGUUAGACAGAACGUCUUUCCUGAACUAUCUGGGGAGUCUCGACGAAAUCCGCAACAAGGACUGGUUGGCGGAGUACGAAAAACAAAAGCGUUCAUUGACUCCGAAGAAGUGGACGAAUGAGUACGCAAAGUUGACUUUGGCCGAUCUUGAAACAAGGGGAACGUUAGGAGUGGGUGGAUUCGGUCGUGUCGAAUUGGUCACUCUGAAAUCUGAUCCAAAUAAGAGCUUUGCUUUGAAGAAACUUAAGAAGAAGGUUAUGGUUGACCAGCAACAGCAAGAACACGUGUUGAACGAAAAAUACAUUAUGCAAGCCUGCGACUCGCCAUUUAUAUGCAAGCUUUACCAGACAUACAAGGACAGCAAGUAUGUCUAUUUCCUAAUGGAAGUAUGCCUCGGUGGAGACGUAUGGACGACUCUACAAAAAAGACGCUACUUUGACGACACCACCGCACGAUUCAUGGUCGGCUGUGUAGUAGAAGCCCUUGACCAUCUUCACUCGUUAAAUAUCGUGUACCGAGAUCUCAAACCGGAGAAUCUUAUGCUCGACACGCGCGGCUAUUUGAAACUGGUGGAUUUUGGUUUUAGUAAAAAAAUUGGUCCAGCCAAAACAUGGACUUUUGCCGGCACACCCGAGUAUGUCGCACCAGAAAUUAUUUUGAAUAAAGGACACGAUAGGGCGGUGGAUUAUUGGGCCCUCGGCAUUUUAACGCACGAGCUUCUCAUCGGUAAGCCACCUUUCCGCGGAUCCGAUCACUUGACGACUUACAACAAGAUCCUGAAGGGCAUCGAUAUGGUCGGUGUAUCGAACAUCGUCAAUAAAAACGCCAGUAAUCUCAUUAAAAAACUACUCCGUUUGAGUCCCUCGGAACGACUGGGCUAUCAGCGAAACGGGAUACAGGACAUUCGCGAUCACAAAUGGUUUUCCGGAUUCAACUGGCAAGCACUUCAAAGAUUAGCUUUACCGGCUCCCAUUGUACCUACGGUACGUCAUCAACUCGACACACGAUACUUUGAAAGAUACCCACCGGACCGCGAUAUUCCACCAGACGAAUUUUCCGGUUGGGACAUCGAAUUCUGAAGCUAAAUUAUCUCUAAAUUAUCUCUACGACGGAGUUGAAUAAUAGAUAUAAAGAUAACAUUUUGAACACGAUCUUUAUGCUAUUGUUAUAAAAGAAAUACGUUUCUUGCAAUCAUUGUGAAAGAUGUUCUUUUACUAAACUGUCAUCAAAUAUCAGUUGAACGAAUUUGCUAAUAAUAAUUUGCUACACUUUUGUCAGCUAGUUGGCAAAUUAUUUCAUUACAAAAUUUUUAUAUAAAGCCUAAAAUUAUUUGAAGCUCCUCGCAACAUUAAUUAACAAUGUUUUUAACUUACUCACAUAAUCGAUUAAGAUUCUUUAACUUUUAACAGGCGAAUCACUCGAAUAUAGAAAAUAAUUCGCUGAUAUAAGAAAUUACUUCUUCAUAAGCAAUCACUGAGAUUCCGGUGUAUCUCGACGAAAGAUGCAUAUACGUAUUCUGUACUCUAUUUUGUAUUUUUAAAAAAAUGUUAAUUGUACGAUAUUAAUAUUGUAUCUUGUAUAAUAUUUUUUCUGACCAGAACGAGAACCUUAAGUUGUAAGUGAGGCAUUUUAUUAGACCGGUUUGAUCGUACGAAUCAGAAUAUAGUUUUAAGGUGUAUGUAUUACAAUAUAUAACAAUAUAUUGUUAUAUAUUCUAAUAU